UCAUUCUCACUCUGACUCACGCUGAUGCUCAAUGAUGGCGGACAGCGCGAGUGAGAGCGACACGGACGGAGCCACCCCUCACUGCUCCUCAUCCUUGUCUUCCUCCAUCCUUAUCUCUACGUUCCGUCUAGAAGAGUUGACGAACCGCCUGGCAUCUUUACAGCAAGAGAAUAAAGUGCUGAAGAUCGAGCUCGAGACGUUUAAACUGAAGUGUAAAGCUCUGCAGGAGGAAAACAGAGACUUGCGCAAAGCCAGUGUCACCAUACAAGCGAGAGCAGAACAAGAAGAAGAGUUCAUCAGUAACACCCUGUUCAAGAAGAUUCAGGCACUGCAGAAAGAGAAAGAAACUCUAGCAGUCAACUAUGAGAAGGAAGAGGAGUUCCUCACCAAUGAGCUCUCUCGAAAACUUAUGCAAUUACAACAUGAGAAGGCUGAACUGGAGCAGCACUUAGAACAGGAGCAGGAGUUUCAAGUCAACAAACUGAUGAAGAAGAUCAAAAAGCUGGAGAACGACACCAUCUCCAAACAGCUCACCUUAGAACAGCUUAGUCGGGAAAAGAUCGACUUGGAAAACACUUUAGAGCAAGAACAGGAAGCUCUUGUGAAUCGGCUGUGGAAACGCAUGGACAAACUGGAAGCAGAAAAAAGGACUCUUCAGGAGAAGCUUGACCAGCCCGUCUCUGCUCCACCCUCCCCGAGAGACAUCUCCAUGGAGAUUGACUCGCCUGAGAAUAUGAUGCGGCACAUCCGAUUCCUUAAGAGUGAGGUGGAGCGGCUGAAGAAGAACCUCCGCACUGCAGAGCUACAGCAUACAGAGAAGAGGGCUCAGUACAUAGAAGAAGAGCGCCACAUGAGGGAGGAGAACAUCCGCCUGCAGAGGAAGCUCCAGAGGGAGGUGGAGCAUAGGGAGGCCCUGUGCCGGCAGCUCUCUGAGAGCGAGUCCAGUUUGGAGAUGGAUGAUGAGAGGUACUUCAAUGAGAUGUCCGCUCAAGGCCUACGUCCCCGUACCGUAUCCAGUCCCAUUCCCUACAGCCCAUCCCCAUCCUCCAGCAGACCCAUCUCACCAGGGUUGUCAUAUGCGAGUCACACAAUGGGCUUCACCCCGCCAUCUACACUGACCAGAGCAGGCAUGUCCUUCUACAACACACCCGGCCUACAUGUCCACGCAGGAGCCUCACACAGCAUUGCAAGACCCUCCCCAAGAAGAAGCAACAGUCCAGACAAAUUCAAGCGGCCCACACCCCCUCCUUCUCCCAACACGCAGCCGGGCGUCCAUCCCCCUCCUCCCCCUCCACCCGCCGUGCAUCCAACAUCAUCCCAGGCAGCUCCACUGCAGCCGCAGCAGUCCUUGCAGCCAUAGAUCAGGGACUUGAAACAGAGCUGCUUCACUGUAAUAUUCCUAAUCCUCUCCAGCUCUAAAACCAUUCAUCUGUGUUGUGCUCAUAGUUCUGUUUGGAAGUGUUUUUUUGUGUCCACUAAAGAUGAUGUGUGAGGUGAAGGCAUUUCCAGCUCGGAGGAAAUGAACCUCUCUUCAGUGAAUUAGCAAGUACUUACUGCUUUGGCAUCAGUGUGUGUCAAGCGAUCUGCGCCCAUAGUGAUCUCUUAGAAAAAUACUAUUAAGGAAAUUAUGCGGCCAUAUAUUUUUCAUAGUUGAAUAUUUUUCUAGUGUUAAGACACUUUAAAAGUGUCAUCCAGAGUGAACCAGCCAGACAUUAUAGAGAGCCACAGGUGAAUAGUGGUCAAAGCAGCUAAUGGCCUUUUAAGGAUAAAAUUGCGGCCCAAUAUCACUUUUGAAUUCUUGGUUAAUAAUUCAUAGGAUAGUGUCUCAGUACGGAAUAAAACAAAAUGAAGCAAAAUGCUUUGGGUAGUUUCUCCAUAAACACAUUUGGAAAGCAAGACAGCAAAAUACUUUGCAUUAGUGAUAAGUCUCCCAAAGAAGUGACCAGGUCAAAUUGCAUACUAAAAUCUGAAAAGAAUUUUAUAUAUAUAUAGAGAGAGUGAAAUAUGACCUGGACAGUAAGUGACACCCUGUCAAGUGAUUUUUAUAUUUUUUUGUUUUAUUUUAAUUUUUUGCAGUGUUCACUUGAGACCUGUGGUAGAUGACUUGGUGUUUUGUGGCUGCUGCAGAUGCAAUGCAUUGUUGGCAUCUGCCAGACUUUAAUGUUCCUGGUUGGUUCUAAAAGCUUUUUAUAAUUUAGCAAGACACUUAAGACAUUAAAUGGCGCAGAUCAGAAAAUACACGUGUAUGUGUAAAGGGGUGUUCUUGUUUUUUUUUUUUUUAUUACAAACACACCUGCAGCUCUUUUCUGCUAAACAGUGUCUGGUACCACUGUGAUAUUUUUUGUUUUUCUUAAGAAUAUACUGACUUAUAAAAAUUAGUUUCAGUUUGAAAAUAAUUAAAGUGUGUAAAAUAGACUUUUGUAUGCUUUGCAAAAAAUGCAAAUAGGGGUCCCUUUUGUAAAAUGUUUGCGAGUUCAUCUUCAUGUCACUGGUAAGCUUUAGUUUUCAACUAUAUACAGGAUUCUCUCAGAGUUACCAAAUAAAUCAGAAAUUGAUUUGGUGCAUCUGAAUAUGACGAACAACAGAAAACAAGGAAGCGCUUCUUAUGUACUGUGAACGGCUAUCAUUUCCUGCAGAUCAAAGUAAACAAGUGAUUCAUUUCCUGGUACUAACCAGCUGGAUUUCAGUUAAAUUGUGAUAGGUUAGCUGUAGCCAGAUGAACACUAGGCCGUUUUGUCGAACAAUAUCCCAUGAAAAGAUCACUGAGUCUAGCUGCAGCAUGACAUCAGAUCUUUUCAUAUUUACUACAGUGUCUAUAAAGUCUUUUCUUUUCAUCUUUUUAAUUGUUCACCAUGUAUUCUUUGAGAGCACAAUUCAUUAGGUUGAGCAGAAGAACCUGGAAUAUAUUGUUUCACUUUUGUUUACCUUUUUACUGUGAUCAUUGUAAAUACUCAUGUCUCUGUAUAGAAAAAGAUUUCAGUUGUACCAAAGCUACAUUUCGUCCUUUUCAGCUCCACCCAGCUUUUAAGACUAAUGAAUGUACGUUUGCUCGUUUUACUGCUAUCAUUAACAGAUGGGACACCUUUGAGCCUUAACUCACUGCGGCAUUACUAAAUGUAAGCAUCCUCUAGCUUUUCCUACAUUAUAUCAAGGCCUUAAUAUGUGGUUGAUGUUACUCAGUGGUUAGAUUGCUCCAUUUUAAUCAGGUGCAAGAUAUGCAUUGCAUCAUUUGUAAAGCAAGAACAUGCUACAUUAUGUAAUGGUUAUUAAAAUGAUGAUGAUUAUCAUAA